UCUUCAGGUGUAUGCAGUGACAACAAGUGUGACGGAGAUUUGUAAUAGGAUUCCAAAAAUGACAGGGGAAGACAAAGAGUUUGAGAGUGUUGAUCGUGAUGACAGGUAUAUCUACCCAAUGUUGGAGAAGUUUUCCAUCCAGUUGAUCUCGCCUGUCAGCUGGGAAGCCAUUCCCAAUACUAGGAUUGACAUGGAGGACUGGGAACACGUAACCUGCAUGAAAACUGUGUCGCUCAGGAGCGAGGAGACGGUGUCAGGACUGAAAGGUUACAUUGCUGUGGGGACGUGUCUAACACAGGGCGAGGAGGUUACAUGUAGGGGCCGGAUCCUGAUACUUGAUGUCAUCGAGGUUGUGCCCGAGCCUGGCCAGCCUCUGACCAAGAACAAAUUCAAAGUGCUAUAUGAGAAGGAGCAGAAAGGCCCUGUGACUGCCCUGUGUAACUGCAAUGGUUACCUUGUCUCAGCCAUUGGACAGAAGAUUUUCCUGUGGAGUCUGAAAGACAAUGACCUGACUGGAAUGGCGUUCAUCGACACUCAGCUUUAUAUUCAUCAGAUGAUCAGUGUGAAGAAUUUCAUCAUGGCAGCAGACAUCAUGAAAAGUGUCUCCAUCCUCCGCUACCAGGAGGAGAGUAAGACUCUGUCCCUUGUUAGCAGGGAUCCCAAGCUUCUGGAAGUGUACAGCAUUGAAUUUAUGGUGGACAGCUCUCAGUUGGGAUUCCUUGUGUCUGAUCGUGAAAAGAAUCUCCUAGUGUAUAUGUAUCAGCCAGAAGCAAGGGAGAGCUAUGGGGGGACACGAUUACUGCGGAGAGCAGACUUUAAUGUGGCUGCACAUGUGAAUGCAUUCUGGCGGACACCAUGUCGUGGAAUUAUGGAUGGCUCAAAUAAGAAAAACCUGGCUUGGGAGAACAAACAUAUUACCUGGUUUGCAACACUGGAUGGUGGGAUGGGACUUCUAUUACCAAUGCAGGAAAAGACAUACCGGCGCCUUCUGAUGUUACAGAAUGCGCUCAUCACGAUGAUUCCUCACCAUGCGGGCCUUAACCCCAAAGCAUUCAGGAUGUUGCGCUGUGAUCGACGAGCUCUGCAAAAUGCAGUGCGGAACAUUCUGGACGGGGAGCUGCUCAAUAAGUUUUUGUACCUCAGCACCAUGGAACGCAGCGAGCUGGCCAAGAAAAUUGGCACAACACCGGAUAUGGUGAGUGUAGUAGCAAACACAGACUGAACUGAUGUUUGCAGUUCUGGUUUAGGAUAAUGAGGAUUGAUACUGUUGGUGGUAUGUUGAUGUGACUAGGGUUAUUAUUGAUU